AUGGGUGGCUGGAGGAUGGAAUUUAACAGACUUGCUGAUUAUGCUGAUAUUAUUAAGCAAACAAAUCCUGGGAGUUCAUGCUGGAUCAGAACAGAUAGUGAGACUAUUCCUAACAAGAAUCUGUUUGUCUACUUCUAUCUAUGUUUAGAUGUUUUAAAAAAAGGAUGGUUAGAAGGGUGUAGAAGGAUUAUAGGAUUUGAUGGAUAUUUUCUAAAGGGAAUCUGCAAGGGUGAGUUACUUGUUGCAGCUGGUAGAAAUGGGAACAAUCAAAUGUUUCCUAUUGCAUGGGCUGUAGUUGAUCAAGAGACAAAACAAUCCUGGAGCAAGUUCAUCACAUAUUUGUUUGCAGAUUUACAGUUGGGAGAUGGUGUUGGCUUAACUGUUAUGUCAGAUAUGCAAAAGGGACUAGUACCAACUAUAAGAGAAUUACUACCAAUGGAAGAACACAGAAUGUGUGCUAGACACAUUUGGUCUAACUGGUCCAAGAACUGGAGAGGUGAAGAAAGGAGGAAACAAUUCUGGAGAUAUGCCAAAGCAUCUUAUGAAGUAAAAUUCAAGGAAGAACUGGAAGCAAUGAAUAAGCUUGGUUAUAAGAUAUGUGAAAACUUGUUGAAGUAUGAUAAAGAGUAUUGGUGUAGGGCAUACUUUAGAGAAGAUUCAAAGUGCGAUGUCAUUGAGAAUAACAUGUGUGAAACAUUCAAUUCUUGGAUUGUAUGUCCUAGGCACAAGUCUGUUAUAACUAUGUUGGAAGAAAUUAGACAUAAAACCAUGAAUAUGACCAUUGAAAUGAGGAGGUUUGCUGAGACUUGGGUUACUGACAUUGCACCAAUGGCUAGGAUGAUACUGGAAGAGAACAAAACCCUUUCUAGGAGGUGUAAGGUUAUUUGGAAUGCAGAACAUGGGUUUGAAGUUGAUGAAGGUGUGUACAGAUUCAUUGUUGAUUUUAGGACCAUGACAUGUACUUGUAGAUCAUGGAUGUUGAGGGGCAUUCCAUGUCAACAUGCAGUGUGUGCAUUCUAUGAUACAGAAAUGGACCCAGAUGAUUAUGUUGCCCACUGGUAUAGGAAAAAAACUUUUCUUAAAGCUUACUAG